CGUUGCUCUUUGUUUCUUCUAAAUAUCAGAAAACCACUCUCUCUCUCUCUUCUCUCUCUCUCUCUCUCUCUCUCUCGAUCACACCGAGAGAACCAUACUCCUCCACCGCUUCCUUCUCCGUCGUCUUCUCCGGCGACUUCAUCCUCCCACCGCCGCAGCCUCCAAACCAUCACAAUCAAUACCUAACCGACGCAACCUUCCCUCUUCAGCUCCUCUCCUCUCCUCUCCUCAACCUCUGCUGGUAUCCGCCAAUUAGCUUCUCAUCAACCUCUUACAGAUUAGAGGGGAAGGGGCUGUAAGUGAGGAUGAAUUUGCAACAAGCUGGGCAGCCUAAAUCCUCCAAUGGAUAUGGCCGCCGAAAAUCUGAAAGAGAAGGGGCAACUAAAUCAGAGAAUAAGAUCCUUUAUGGGAAAUUAAAUGCCAGCAGAUUGGCAAAUACAGUUGUUACAGGUGCAGUGACUGGCAGUAAAGGUGGUAGUUUUGAGAGUCCUUCCCGUGACCGAAUAGUAUAUGUAACAACAUGUCUUAUUGGGCACCAGGUGGAAGUGCAGGUGAAAAAUGGAUCCAUAUAUUCUGGAAUAUUUCAUGCAACAAAUGCAGACAAAGAUUUUGGAAUCAUUUUGAGAAUGGCUCGCUUAAUAAAGGAUGGUUCUUUACGAGGACAGAAAUCUGGUGCAGAGUUUGUUAGCAAGCCCCCUUCACAGGUUUUAAUUAUACCUGCCAAAGAUCUUGUCCAAGUUACAGCACAGGAUGUUGCUAUUUCCAGGGAUGGCUUACCUAAUGAAUCUCACCACGAUAUGCAUCAGGAAAUCAUGGUUGAUUCAUUGAUAUCUCAAUCUCGUCACGUUGAGCUAGAGAGAGAAUUAAAACCCUGGGUACCUGAUGAAGAUGAUCCACAAUGCCCCGGACUGGAAAACACAUUUGAUGGCCGGUGGAAUAGGGGAUGGGACCAGUUUGAAACAAACGAGACAUUGUUUGGUGUUAAAAGCACAUUCAAUGAGGAACUCUAUACAACAAAGCUUGAAAAGGGGCCUCAAACAAGAGAAUUGGAAAAACAAGCUCUAAGAAUAGCAAGAGAAAUUGAGGGUGAGGAAACCCAAGAUCUUCAUCUUGCAGAGGAAAGAGGCCUUCACUUACAUGAAGACUUUGACAUUGAUGAAGAAACUAGAUUCUCUGCAGUCUAUAGGGGUAAACAUGUUGAUGACAGUGGAUUUGAUGAAGACAUACUGUUUGAUUCACACAAUUCUGAAACUUUUGGUGGUGUAUUUGGCUCGAUUGAUAAGAGGUCUGAUGAAAUAAGUAGUGGAAAAGGAAAUGAUGGGGCUCAAACAUUGCUAAAUUCCUCCUCCAUGGAUCACACACAAUCAUCUCAAUCAACUAUUGGGGUGGAUUUAAUCCGCUCUGGUUCUUAUGAUCAUGUGAUGCAGUUAGCAUCUGAACUGCCUGCCAAAAGUUACUCAUCAUUGGAUGGGGGAAGCAGGAUUCAGGAGACCCCAAAUAGUAAUCAACAUGGGGACAAUGGUAAUACCAAGGAAGAAAAUCUGAUUCAAGCUGAGGAUGUUCAACUGUCAAAAUAUGAGGAUUCACAGGGACCACUCUACUUGAAGAAGGAUGGCUCUGAUAAAGGGGUAUUAUCUCAUGCUGCCAGCUCCUAUGCCCCUUCAUCAAAAACUCAUGAGAAGAUGGGAUUGCAUGGAGAUCUGAUUGAGGCUUCUGCAUCUAACAAGGCUAAUGGGGAAACAAAAUCUGUAAAUUCACGUGGGACACCAUCUGGGUCAGACUUGGUUGGAGGCAUGGCAGCAUCUUCUGGUCCUGGUUUAUCUCCAAGUUCAUCAGUUGGCUCACUGUCUUCUGAAAAAUCGACUCUCAACCCCAAUGCAAAGGAAUUCAAGCUUAACCCUAAUGCGAAGAGUUUUGUUCCGUCGCCUACACGGCCCCCCACUCCAGUGUCUGAUAGUUCCUUCUACUUCCCAACUAACGUAACUACUGUACCAAGUAUGCCAGGCAUGCCCAUGGGUAUUGGAAUGGGACCAACUUUUGCUGGUCCACAACCUAUCAUAUAUAAUCCUCAGGUAGCACAAAUGCAAUCUCAAGCAUAUUUUCAUCCGAAUGGACCGCAGUAUGGACAGCUUCUUGGUCAUCCUAGGCAAGCUUUAUACAUGCCGAGUUAUCUGCCUGAAAUGCCAUUCAAGGGACGGGAUUAUUAACAACUUGGCUAUUGGCAUUCUUGUUGGCAAGUCAAAUCCUUGCUCUAAAAUAAUAAACUAAGUGGUUGUCCUGAUAAGUUUUAAACGAGGAUGUCUGCAGCUCAUGGGAAAAUCUCUUGUCUUAUAUUGCAUAUUAAUGGCAAGUUCACAUAUUCUGGGAUAUGAUUUUAUGACCUUGUGUUAACCCAUACAUCUUUUGGGGUUUCUCAGGCAUUGGUCGUGUAAUAGAUUAACUCAGAUUGACCUUUCUCAUCCCUCUUUUUUUCCCCCCCUCUUUAAUGCCAUUCAAAAUUUACUUUUUAUUAUUUA